AUGUUUGGGGAGAUGCGGGCGGCGCUGGGAAUCACAAAGGCCACCGAUAUCCUGGAUCACAUCUACUCACUGCCGACGCCCGAGGAGCGGCACGAGGCACAGGAGAAGAUCCGGGCGAUCGAGCGGCGCGCAAUGAAAUCACAGCAGGCGCAGCCCGGCCUCGUCGAGCUGAUGGACUACCUGGACCGGAAGGGCAUUCCCAAGGGAAUCUGCACGCGUAAUUUCGAGCAGCCCGUCAACCACUUGUUGACCAAAUUCCUCGAGGGCAGCGUCUUUGAACCCAUCAUCACGCGCGACUUCCGGCCGCCGAAGCCAGACCCGGCUGGCAUCCUUCAUAUUGCCCGGUCCUGGGGUUUCACGAAACACGUGCAGAAGAACGGUGAUAGUGCGAUAACGGGCAGUGAGGUCGACCAUGCGGAGAUCGAAGCUGAGGCUAAGGAGGCCGGCGAGCCGGCAGAAGAGGCAGACGCCAGCGGCCUGAUCAUGGUUGGCGACUCUAUCGAUGAUGUAACAGCCGGGCGGAGAGCAGGUGCCGCCACAGUGCUCCUCGUAAAUGAGGUCAAUGCCCAUCUUGCUGAGCACGAGCACACGGAUCUAGUGAUCAAACGACUGGAUGAGCUUAUUGAUAUACUCGAAGAGGGGUUCAAGGGAAGGGAGUACUAA